AUGUCAAAACAAGGAAAAAGAAAAAUUACUGUCGAAUUACCGAAGUCAAAAGAUCUAGCUAAUAGACCUAGUGUUUUUGAGCGACUCGGUACCAAGAAAUCUAGCGCUAAAAAAACAACUGAACAUUGUAGACAGUGGGCACAAAACGGCAGUUGUGCUUACGGUAAAAGUUGUAAAUUUGCAUCAACUCAUACGUUAAUAAGUCCAUCGAAGCAACGUGCUGCAAAUAAAGAUAGCGAACAUAAACGUGUCAUAAAAGAUGAUCCUAAGAGUAGACUUCAUUCGACCGUCGUUGUGCGUUCAGGGCGCAGUCCAGAUGGUGAAAUCGACAAUUGGGAUCAAAAUGACCUAGAAUACGCAGAUACAGACGUCCUUGAAAAAAGACGACAGCAACUGCAACGUGAGUUAGAGUUGCAAUUGAAAAUGGACUCUAAUAAAGAUAUGCGCAAAGAUAAAAAGAAAACGAUGUCUAGCACAUCAUCUUCGCGAAGUUCUAGUUCUUCGAGCGUAUCAUCUUCUUCAUCAGACAAUAGCUCUUCAUCUUCAUCUUCUGGCAGAGAGGCAAGGCGAAAGGUAAAGAAGGGAAAACUUAAAAGGAAUUCCAGUUCAUCAUCAGAUGGUGAUGCACCAUCUAAAAAAAAGUUCAUUAAAAAUGAUUCAUUAAAGAGAGAUAAAAGUGAGCCUAAGAAAACAGCUUCAAAAAAAGAUGACAGGAUUCUCAAAAAGCAAGAAACUGCUAAGAAGAAAACCGUUAAUAAAUCAACAAUUGGAAAGAAAUCACUAUCACCAGGUAAGAAAUCUGGUGGAACACCUCCUAUAACAACAAAAAGCUUAGCAAAAAGUACCAUAAAACAUGGGAAGUCUCCUCCGAGGAGAGAGAGAAACAGAAGUGUUUCUCCUCAUAGUGUUAGAGAGAGAGAUAAAGAUAGAGAUCGUACUAAAGAAAAAGAAAGAGAGAAGGACCGGGAAAAGGAGCGCGACAAAGAAAAAGACCGUACUAGAGUUCGAAGUCGAUCCCCAAGAAAAGCAAGAUCUAGAUCUCCAAGACAGCAUUCUUCUCAUUCUAAAGAUAUAAGGAAAAAAGAAAGUUCAGAGCGCAGUAGACCUGUCUCCCCUAAGAAACAAACUCGUCGUGAUGGCAGUGUUGAAAGACAUAGAAAGAGGUCUGCGAGUAGAGAUAGGGAUAGAGGACGUGAUCAUAAAGACAGAUCAUUGGAAAGAAGAAAAGAUAAACAUGAUGAUAAAGACAGACAUGACAGAAAGGAUAGAGGCCGUGAUAGGAAUAAGGAUAAUAAAAGAGAUGAUAGUAAGAGAAGAGGCAGAGAUAGGGGCUUAGGAGGAAGAGGUGGGGCUGAUAAAGGACUAGAAAAACCUAACAAGCCUAUGGAAAGACUUCUUCCGAGACCAGAAGAACGUUUGGCUGCUUUAGCUGCAAUUUCUAACAGAGCACUUGAUAUUGACAAAAAUUCGUCAACAUCUAAAGAUCGGCAGGAUUCACAUUCUGAAAGAGGUGGUCGUAAGCAGGACAGGCUUGAAAGAGAUCGUUCUACUAAAAGGGAUAGGUUGGAUAGCUUGGACAGAGAUCAAGGUGACUAUGAAAUGGGUAUGGAACGUCAAUAUGAUAAUGAUCGCAACUUGGAUCAUUAUGAUAGAGUAGAUGAUCGAUAUGAUGAUGGUGCUAGAGAAGAUGACAGGUCUCCAGGUUACAAUAUGCAGGGUCGGGAUAGACAUUAUGAUUCUGGUUAUGAUAUAGCAGGACCUCCAAGGGGGUAUCCUGAAGAUGAUGAUAGGUUAUAUGGUGAACAUAUGGGUGAAAGGAGGGGUGUUGAUAUGGGUUAUGAUGAUCGCCGACCUCAUCGUGAUCGCUCUUGGGAAGGCCGCUCUGGAUCCAUGGACCGUGAGCGUUAUAUACAUCCUCAUAAAGAAUGGGAUAAUGAUGACUAUCGCCCAGGAGAAUGGGGUCGUGAACGCCACUGGCAAAUGCAUGAUCCACAGAUGAACGAGUGGGGUGAUAAAGAACCUGAUGUGGAUGCUUGGCACCAUAGAGGCCAUCCUCCUGGGCCCCAUCGUGGACGAAUGCAUGAUGAUUAUGGUCGUGGAAUGCGAAUGGAUCUCGCUCGCGAUGGUAAUAAAAGACGUGCUCCCAGAAAUGAACCCGAACAAACAGCUAAAGAAAGCCCAUCCCCUGCUACACAAGCUCCACCAACAGCACCACCACGUCCGGAAGCUGAAGUUGAUGAUAAACCUAUUCCUGAUGAUCUCAGUGAGAUAAGUGAUGACCCUGACGACAUACUUAAUAGAGAAGAUAUGGCAGAUCAAAUUAUAGAUGAAGACAGCCAAACUGCUUUGCCCAAUGAUGAAAUUAUGUCUAAGCCAGAAGUUUCUGAAAAAGAGUCUACUCAGGAUACAAGUGGUGCUGCUGAAGAAAAGGAGUCCCAAGAUGCUAAAGAUGAUGAAGAUGUUGCUAAUUUAGACUUUGAGGAAAUAUCUGAUGGAGAAUUAGAAGAAGAACGCACAAGAGCUGGCUUAGGUGAUGCUCUUGGAGUUGAUUGGGCUAGUUUAGUAGCAGAUGUUCGUCGAAGAGAACAAACUGGGGUUUCCUCUGGCGGUGCUCGCGAUCGUUGGAGACCGGAACGAGUUCUCGCUCGUCUUGGGCUUUCCUUAAAUAUGGCUGGAAAAGAAGUUGUCCAAGAUGUUUUACAUAAAAAUGCCGAAAGUCUUGAGUCAGAAAAAAGAAAGCAAAUGCAAUCUUUAGAAAAUUCUGAUCAGAAAGAUUCAAUUGAACAGAAUGGUAUCCAUGAAAAUGAAACUAAAACAGAACCUGUGCCUGAUGUUUCCACAUUACACCCUGUUGCUGCCAUUCAGGUGGCUGUGGAAAAGAGAAAGCGCCAGCGCGCUGUUUUAUUUGGAUCUGGUUGUGAAAUAACUCGUGGGUUGAGUGCACGUCGAGAUCUGGCACUAAGGCGAUACUUAUGUCAUUUACCUACAGCUGAAAGGACAGGGCAAUCCCGUGUGACACCACAACCCUCAUUGUUCCAUGCUGCUAGAUCUUUACUGCUGCAUGCUCCAGUCACAGGCUGA